AAAAAAAGAUGCAAUCGUUGUGUGAUUUAAGUCGAUAUCAAUUGUAUUCAAUGGUUAACGCAUUGAGACGUGAAGUCCAAUGUUUAGCAAAUAAUUUAAUGAGAUAUCAAUUGUUUGCCGAAAAAUACCGAAAAUUAUUGAAUGAAUUGCAAACUAUCGAUGAAAUUAGUGUUGAAUUUGAUGAAGACUUGAGACAAAUGAGACAACAAUUGAUGUCUUUGAGUGACGACAACGACUGUGAGGUUGUCAUCGAUGAAGACAUUAAUCAUGAUAUGAAUUCAAGAUAUUUGGAUAAAGAAUGUCAAACAACAACCAGACAUACCAUUACUGGUGAUAAUCAUCACCAGAAAAAACAGCGCUUCGUUAAGACCGAGAAGAAUAGAAACAGAGAGGUAGAGAAAGACUAUGAAGCAGUUGUAGUCGAUUGCGAUGAUGUCAAGUAUGGAUCAGCCGGUGAUCACAACAACAACAACACUAAUGUUAGAUACAGUUUAAGAAGUGAUAUCCAGAGAAAAUCAGUGAAGACGACAGUGAAUCUACCGGUGAAACGACAACAGAUAACAACAAUUGUCCAUAAGUUUAGGUGCGAUUGGAAGGGAUGUAUAAAAGUCUAUAACAGUCAAUACGUAUUGAAUAAACAUAGACUAACGCACCGGGGCUUCAAAUACCGGUGCCCGAACCAAGACUGUGAUAAAUCGUUUGGCAAUUAUAGCUAUUUUCGUUGUCACGUAAAUCACCAUAAAAAUACGUUACGGUGUCCAAGAGAGGGCUGCCAAUAUCAGACUGGCCUAAAGCAGCGACUUGAGUCUCAUAUGAAAAGUCAUAUUACAGACACACCGUUUCGAUGUUUGUUAAACGGAUGCGACAAACAGUGCAAAACUGAUGAUCUGUUGCGCGAACAUCGACUUCGACGACAUCCCGACUGUUUGGUGGACGUGUCGUGGAUCGAGUGUCCCGAAUCGGGCUGUGAUUUUCGUACAAAGUCACACACAUCGAUGGCUGGUCACACGGCAUCGCAUACAAAACGACACGUUUGUUUAGAGUGUGACAAACGGUACGCUACUGCCAAACAGUUAAAGGCAUGCAAAUUGCGGCACCGGUUACAUACCGGUGAGGGACAGGAGGAGGAGGAUAUCGCUAACAAUAUAGCCGGUGUGUCAAGUGUCAAGUAUCGGUGCGAUUGGCCCGGUUGUGAUAAAGAAUAUCUGGCCGAAUAUACAUUGAAAAAACAUCGACUAAUGCAUGAGGGCCAUACCUACCAGUGCACGCACGAGGGCUGCGGCAAGUCCUACAAAGAGUACACCUAUUUUCGCAAUCAUCUCAGCCAUCAUAAGAAUACUCAUCAGUGUCCGCAUGAAGGCUGCAGUUACUCGAGUGGUCUAAAGUCUCGUAUUGAGUCGCAUCUGAAAAGUCACGUAACAGAAACGCCAUUCAAAUGUAUGCUCAGUGGCUGCGAACAGGUGUUCAAAACCGAUGACCAAAUGCAAGCCCACCAAUUGCGCAGACAUCCCGAACAGUUUCCCGACGUGCCGUGGAUCGAGUGCGGACACAACGGAUGCGAUGUAAGAAGUAAGUCUGCGCUCAAGAUUACCGAACACCGGAACAUUCAUAUCAGGGCUCACGAAUGUCCUGUUUGUGGUAAACACUUUGGUACCGCCUAUUUGGUGAGGAAACACCAGAAAUCCACACAUGGAUCGAGCGAAACAUUGGACGGCCAGUGCGAAAAGUAUCGGUGCGAUUGGCCCGGUUGUGCCAAAGAAUACAAACAUCCAAAUGUUUUGGAACGCCAUAAACUGGCGCACACUGGCUUCACCUACCAGUGCACGCAUGAGGGGUGCGGCAAGUCGUUCAAAGAUUAUACCUAUUUUCGUAGUCACGUCAACCACCAUAAGGCUACCUACCGGUGUCUGCACAGCGGUUGUAGCUAUACUACUGGUUUGAAGAAACGUUUGGAAACUCAUCAGCGAUCGCACGACACCGAAACACCGUACAAAUGCUGUGUCGGCUGCGCACAAGUAUUCAAAACUGAAACUCAGAUGACGUUACAUCAUUUGCGCCGACAUCCGGAUAAUUUUCCUGAUGUUCCGUGGAUUGGCUGCGAGUUUCCCGGUUGCGACUUUCGGGCCAAAUCGCCGGCUGUGUUAGCCCAGCACCGACUCUGGCACACGAAACCCUAUCGAUGCGUCGAUUGUGACAAACAGUUUUCCUCAUCCAAAGAGAUCAAACGUCACCGAAUGACACAACAUAAUGCCGAUCGUAUUCCGUGCGAAUGGUACGGCUGUGAGCGCCAGUUCUCCACACGGGCCGACAUGUUGGACCAUAUGAACGUACACACUGCUCAGCUGAGCUACCGGUGCGAGUGGCCCGGCUGUGACAAGUCCUAUGUAACAAAGCGUACACUGAAAUCGCAUGUAUAUAAGGUGCAUACUAAAAAAUCCAAACAAUUGACUGUUACAAUGGUCACCACCAAUGACGGGUAUGCCGUUGUCUGA